AUGAGUCGAAAAAAUUAUUUGAUUUCACCAGUACCUUUGUUUAAAGCUUGCACCGUAAAUCCGAGACCAGUUUAUGAAAUAAUCAAGGGAGUUAGCUUGAAAAAUAUGACAAGACGUGGUAUAUCUGUGAAAGCCGGCGCAUUAGGAAAGUUCCAAG